AUGCUGCAGUCGUCUUUUGACAAACAUGCAAUUCACUCAACCUCAAGAGUAUACCGUCAUCCUUUGCCAUCAUUGAAUUUGUUAUUGUUGCAGUCGUCUUUUGACAUACAUGCGAUUCACUCAACCUCAAGAGUAUACCGUCAUCCUUUGCCAUCAUUGAUUUUGUUAUUGUUGCAGUCGUCUUUUGACAAUCAUGCUAUUCUCUCAAUUCCAAAGCUAUACAGUCAUGGUUCUCCACAAUAG